AUGGCAUCAGAGACCUCGGUUACCGUCCUGAUCGCCGUGAUCAUGGUGAUCACGGGCGCAACCAACACGCUUAUUGCAAAGUAAGUUCAAGCUUUUUUCUGUAUGAUUCCACGUUCAGAUGGACAGACAAACUUGAGUCGGCCGGCUCCAGAUUCGAGCAUCCCUUCUUCCAAGCCAACUGCAUGUUUGUUGGGGAGUUCUUUUGCUUGGUAAUAUUCAUUUUGCUCUACCUUUACAAAGGAGAAAAUGCAGGGCAUUUGACGAAGUUCAAUCCCUUCUUGUUUGCGCUGCCAACCAUUUGCGACAUCUCCGGGACGUGCUUGCAAUACACAGGGCUGAACUUGACUACCGCGUCGAGCUACCAGAUGCUUGGAGGUAAGCGUUGUUGGUUAUUUAACUGUAUCUUGUCCCGACUUUUCGGGCCAACGACAGUUCGGGUCAACACAAAAUCGACAAACACAACGUGUACUUUGAGAAGGCAUAGAAAGGUCAAUUCAAAAUAUAUAUUUUUUUGAAACUCAAUCGGUUGAAAAUGGCGGGUAUCAGUUCCAGAAAAUCUAAAUUUUAGGAAAAUCGGCGGAGUCUCCACGGAGAAAUCUAAAGGAAAGGGCUCGGCGGAGACUUGGCGAAGACUUGCAAUAUAUCCAUUUUUUCUAAGUUUAGCUAUUUAUUAACGUUAGUUUUCAUUACCUUGAGUUGUUGCGACACAUAAAAGAGUAAAAUUUGCGGCAAAAAACAAAGAUCCGUAACUUUUAUCUAGAUAUUAUUGAUGUGAAUACACUUAAAGUACAUCAAAAAUAGGCAAUAAACUAUGCUAGGACCCGAUCAAUCUUAUUAUUUCUAUUAACUAACAAGGGAAGUCGUUCAGAUCGCAAAUGAACUAUGACAUGAGACCUGUGUGGUUUUAGAGUCACAUACUCUACUAUAUCGAAUAUAAAGGCAUUUUUGCGUCUGGGCCACCGCGGCCGAGAAAAUCGACUAUAAAGUUUCGCAAACCGGGGGGCUGGGUUCGAUUCCUUUCACCUGCAAUGUAAAGGGUAAGACUACUGUGUACACUACAGUAUGCGUAAAAAAAAAUUUUUUUUGUGUUUUUCCAAUUUUAUGUAGAUUUGUGCCUUUUCUUGAGACAAAAACAAACAAAUUUAGUCGACUUUUCUCCAGACUGUUAAAAAUGGCAUGACUUGGAAUGAUAAUCGGAGAGCUUACUGCGGCUACGCCUCAAGGCUAUCGGAAAGUUGUCGAAAGGAAGUAAAGUGAUUUUUUAUCACUCUUUGAUUUUGUUUGGACAUGGGAUUGGCGCCUAAAAAUGUUGUGGCUCUCCUCUUGGCCGAGUUCGGAACCGGGAACUCCGAAGACGCGACUUACGAGGAGAUUCGGAUGGCAACCCGACUGAAGAUUCUGCUGUCUCAAGCGGCGGAAGACGCGAAUAUUGAGGUUCAAACGGACGAUGAGAUUAUGGACAACAACAGCAGUGGACUGAACGUCCGGAAGGACGUUCAGUCGAUGUGAAAACUAUUCCCACCCGCUGUACCUCCUUGAUUCAGCCACUUGACCUAUUCUUUUUCCGUAUCUUCAAAGGAUUUGUGAGGCGAAUCCAUAGUCACGUCCUCGCCAACGAUCUAAAAUUCCCUUUGUACAAAAGGGAAAACAUUUUAAUUGUUUUAAAUGUUGUCUACUCUCAAUUUAAAAAUCCAGUCUUUGAUAACUCCAGGAAGUAUUCGUUUUUCAAAGGAGAUUAUCUUGACAAUAGGCCUCCUUCCUUCAAGACUCCAGUGGAGUAUUGUUUCCCCCAUGAUGUCCACACAGCUUAUUCUGCUUCUAGUUGUGACAUCUUGUCUUUUGUUUUGUGCUCGUACUGUAAUCAAAAACUUUGUUUUCAUCAUUUUGUUGAAUGUGUUCACGACUGUUGUUAAAUGAUAGUUAAAAAGUUAAAUAAAAAAAUUAGUAAUUUUGUUUGUUUUUGUCUCAAGAAAAGGCACAAAUCUACAUAAAAUUGAAAAAACACAAAAAAAAUUUUUUUUUACGCAUACUGUAGUGUACACAGUAGUCUUACCCUUUACAUUGCAGGUGAAAGGAACCGAACCCAGCCCCCCGACCCAAAAGAAGAUUCGUUAGACGAGCGCUCUUUCCACUCGGCCAACUGGGCAGCUGUUUGGGUUUGCUUACGGAGAGAGGACUUUUUCGGCGCUCUCUUCUUGCGAAACUUUAUAGUCGAUCUUCUCGGCCGCGGAGGCCCAGACGCAAAAAUGCCUUUAUAUUCGAUAUAGUAGAGUAUGUGACUAUAAAACCACACAGGUCUCAUGUCAUAGUUCAUUUGCGAUCUGAACGACUUCCCUUGUAAGCCUUUUCCUAGCCUCCCCAUGCAUACAACGAUUAACCUACGCAAUCUAUAGUAUGUAUCGUUGACCCGAACUGCCGCUGAUCCGAAAAGUCGUAACUCCCUUUUGGUUAAUUAACGAGAUUUGACGACGUAUUUACUUACCUAUAACAAACAAAACUGUGAUAUUAUAGGCUCUGUUGUGCUGUUCGCUGGUCUGUUGUCCGUGAUCUACCUCAAAAUGCAUUUUGCGGGAUACAAAUGGCUGGGAAUGAUCCUCGUAAGCGCUGGCCUCGCCGUUAUCGGCCUUUGUGAUAUGUACUACAACGGGAACACCGAACAUGGCAGCGAUGUUAUCAUUGGCGAUUUGCUGAUUGUCAUUGCUCAGAUUCUUCAUGCCGUUCAAGCCGUGUUGGAGCAGCAGAUUCUCCACAAGUACGAUGUGGCUCCAUUGUUGGCGGUCGGAUUGGAAGGCGCUUUUGGGUUCAUAAUUUUGUCUGCAAUGAUGGUACCAAUGUAUUUUAUUACUGUGCCAAAGACUUUUUCGCACAAUCCUCAUCAACGAUUGGAGGAUAUGUUCUUUGCGCUGAAGCAGAUCUCGGAAGAACCGUGGAUUGCCGUAGGGUUGCUGGGAUUGAUCAUCAGGUAAGAUGAAGGCAAAAAACACACGGGGGAAAAAGAGAAGAAGCAUUUGCGCAAACCUACCCUUAAUUUUUGUAGCUUCGAAGGUCACAUCGGGACAGCGAAGAUGGACUAUCCAAAGUCUGAAUAUGGCAUCAAAAAUUUUAAAAAAAUCCUUGCUUUUUGGUUACCUAAACGGCUCUUUUAUCGGUCUGCCGGGAAUAUAAUGAACUAUGUUGCUUCGCAAAUCACAUCACUGCCGAAAAUGAAUUGUGUCGGGAAAAAGCAAAUUGUUUUUCACUUCAGGGCCACAAAUGGCUCAGCAGAAUUGCGUUCACUAUUUCCCCCACAGACUGAUACUAUAAGAUCCUCAGUCUGUUCUCACUUUUAUGUUAAAAAACAACAAAAAGAAAAAACGAAUCGCUUCGAAGAUGCUUCGCAAUCGAUUUUCACUUUCUUUUGUGACAGAAUGCCAAGUCGUCGCAAGACUCGGUUAAGAACUGCAGAUGAUGUUGGGACGCAUUCAGAAACUUCUCACACCGUUAGGUCCCUUAGAAUUUUGCUGGAAUAAACAAUGUACUGAUUUCAGCAUUGGCUUCUUCAACUUCGCCUCAAUCUCGACUACCAAACGAAUGAAUGCAACAACUCGGAUUAUCCUCGAAUCCUCGCGAACUUUGAUCAUUUGGAUGGCCUCGAUUCCACUGUUUGGCGACAAGUUCAUUCCGUUACAGGUAGUUUCAAUAUUCAAAUUUAUCACUUUACCGUAUUCCUUCAGGUCCUCGGGUUUGUUCUUCUCGUUCUCGGAGUAUUUCUCUACAACGACGUGUUGUUUGGGCCAAAAAUCCGUCGGAGUAUUCUGCCCUACUUUGAUGGCACUCGACUGGCUAUUUGUUGCAAUGGAUUUUGGAGAGGGCGGGAGCGGCAUGAAGAAGAUGAGGACUUGCUGUUCAACGGAGAACAAUAA